AUGGCGUGUGGGAGCCGUGCAGGACUCCUACCCGAGUGUUUCCCCCUCGGGAUGCCCCCAGCGGGCCCACCCCGAGCCCCUGGCCCCGAGAUGCUGCUGUACACAGGCUCCUCUGAGGGGGCGGAGCCUGACGGCGCGUUUGGAUCUGGCCCCGCAGACCCCUUUGCGGAUGCAAGUAAGGGUGAUGACCUGCUCCCGGCCGGCACUGAGGACUACAUCCAUAUAAGGAUCCAGCAGCGCAACGGCAGGAAGACCCUCACCACAGUCCAGGGCAUCGCGGAUGACUACGAUAAAAAGAAACUGGUGAAGGCCUUCAAGAAGAAAUUUGCCUGCAAUGGAACUGUAAUUGAGCACCCCGAGUAUGGAGAAGUGAUUCAGUUGCAGGGUGACCAGCGCAAGAACAUCUGCCAGUUCCUCGUGGAGAUUGGACUGGCUAAAGACGACCAGCUGAAAGUCCACGGGUUUUAAGUGCCCGUGGGCCUCUGGAGCUUUAUGCAAGAAGAUUUCCUUACCAUGAAAUUCCCACCUGUCCCUUGUCAUAACUUUAAAAGCAGCCGGUUUGUGUAAUGUAACGAUCUUGGGUCCACUGUUGAGUCUGGACUGGUGUAACUGGUGAUGUAAUAAACUGACACGAGCCCAUGCUA